AUGCUUUCUAAACGAGAUAAGUUUUUGGUCCAACCAUGGGAACAACGACGAUUUAAUGAUCAUAGAUCAAAAGUAGCUUCAGCGUUGCCAGCAAUCGACGAUUGCGUGCCACCAGCGAGGCCGCACGUUGCACUGAAACUGAAGAAACUUAGAAAAGAACUCGACCGAAAGGCCAAAAUAGAAAGCGAUAACUUUUUCCUCCUACAACGUCUUCACGCCAUCAUGAAAGUCAAUAGACUGGACAACCAUUGGACCAAGCCUUUACCGAAUUUUCAACAACACAAAGUGGGCCAAUUCUUUAAUGUUGAGACGCUAAACAGGAAACUGAUGAUACGGUCAACCAAUACGUCACCGGAUGACUCAUAUUACAACACGACCAACAAGUGCUACGCGUGUGAAUAUAAGAAAAUGAUACACAACCGCAUUGGAGAACCAGACGCAUUACCACCGUUAAGACUUAAACUAAAGUGA